AGCAACCUUUGCUCCGUUUUUCUCAUCGCAAGGAUUUGCUUUUGCACUUUCAGCUUUCUUGUUCGGGCAUCCGCAUAGGUCUUUUACAGCUCUUCGCCUGCACGGACACAGAUUUUAAUACGCACGCAACACCAGUUGCAGUUUGAUCACGCGACACAAUAUAACAAUGGCUAUGAACUUUGGUCCCCAGUGGAUGCGCAAGAUCCCCACCAAUGACGGCGCAGUCCGGUCUUCGUCUCCUACACUCUCCGGUCCCAGUACGCCAACUGGAAUGAGCGCAAAUACCUUCUGGGGCGGUGCAGGGACCUCGAAAUCAGUGACGCCCCUCUCAACAGCGUACGGGGAAAAUCACACCUCCGGAUCGAGGGACCAUAGCGGGGGCACCGGAUGGUCGAACUCGGUGUCUUCCAGCGAGUCUAGUCAAUACCGAUACUCUAGGGAGUUCAUACUUAGUUUGUUUGACCCAGCGUUACCUGCUCCCAAUGAUUACGAAGCGGCACCUAGUGUUACUACGGAGGAGGUGCUGCCACCCAUGGCCAAUAUCCCGCUCAAUGACCAUGAGAAGAAGCUUUUCACAUCUCAAUCGGUUAACAGCGAUAUUAGUGCACGUCGCACACCAUACGGGCGCAACGAUUCCAAGGAUGGCGUACGACCUUCACGGCCUCCUGGUUCAGCACAAAGAAGCUACUCAAAUCGCGUGGAUCGAGGAGGAUCGGUGAGCGAUAACUAUCGUCCCCGGCGAGCUGAUACCUACGCCGGUGACGAAGAUCCCUGGGAUACGCCCUCCGGUGUCGGGAGCUUUGGUGGAAAUGGUGUAUUUAGCCAUGGGGACGACGAAUAUCGGUCAGCAAGGAACCGGAACAGCGACAGCGGAAAAGAGGCACCUAUGCUCUUGUCACAUCGUGGGAGGGAGUCACCGGUGCGAUCUGCCUCUCCUGCACCAUUGGAGAAGCCUGACACCUCACCCGGCAAAACGUUCUCCGGUGGAACGCGUCCAACGUCGCCAGUGAAAACGGCUCACAUUGCACAUCCAGAGCAUGGCACGGGCGGGAUAUCUGGGCAUUCUCUCACCUCGACAGGACCGGUGGCCCCUACUUCAGCUGCACUGCAUGCUGCCCACGAAGAAGAUCUUGGCCGUCAAUCAGUGUCAAGGACGUCUUCGUUCGUCGAUAUGUUUGGAACUUUUGCGAGCACUGGAAUAAAAUCGGAUCUGGGGGGCUUACCAACUCUCGGCCUUGGUGACAGACAUACACCCGACCAUCUGAAUCCACCUCCUAUCACGCGGAGCUUAUCAAAAGGAGAAUUACAUCACCCGCCUGUCCAAAGUGCUCUCCCUCCUGGUAUUCCUCAUGUGGGUGCUGCAUUCGUCCCGCAGAAGUGGCAGUAUAAGGAUCCGUGUGGCAACGUGCAGGGCCCGUUCACUGCACAGCAGAUGCAUGAUUGGUUUCGAUCUGGGUAUUUCAAUGAUGACCUCCCGAUAAAGCAUGUGGAUGACUUUAAUUAUGAACCUCUGGCGCGGCUUAUUCAGAAAUUGGGUCGAGAUCGUCCUUUCCUGGCAGACCUGGAAGAAGCCGAACAGCGUGCGCAGCAAAUAGAACAUCAGAGGCGCUUUGGUCCUGGGAUGGGGCUCUCCGGAGCUUCUUACAAGGAUUUAUAUCAGAAUGAUGUAUCCACACCGGGUAGCCUCGGAUUCAAUCCAUUUAAUUCCUUUGGCAACGUGGCAGGAACACCGACUCUUUUCAGCCCGAAUACGUUGGGAGCAGAUCCUUUCACGUCCUUGGGUCGAGACAGGUUUGGCACUGGAGGAUAUGAUCCGUUGAAUGGUGGAAAUUUUGGACGGCCAUCUUGGGGCGAACCUCAACCUGUUGGCCGUGCGGGCUGGUCAGCACUAAAUACCGAUUUGUCCUCUCCCUUCGGUCGACCUGGGGCGACACCCGGGUCCCCUGCUGGUAACCUACCCGGCUCAUACUUCGACCAACGUGGAGGCGUCCAAACACUUCCGCCUUCUCAGGAUAACCUAAUGAGCGCUAUGGGUCAACGACAGCCUUCACCAUACACUCCGUUUUCCACACAGCAGACUGCGCAAAACUCUAUCCAAGCGCCUCAAUCUCCUGCCGCAAACCUCUUCCCUUCCCAGCCCCUUUUAGACUUUGCCGGGACUUCUCAAAGUGGGUCAGCGAGUCAUCAGGCUGGCUGGGGUAACUUUGAUGGCCUAAGCGGACAUAUUAGCGGGUCAGUAUCUCAAUAUUCUGAAGAGGCACAUGGUCCUGUUGAUGUUGUUUCGAAACUGAUUGACGAGACGAGUUUGGACCAAGAAAUCAGUGACCACAGGGAGGAAAAGUUGCGGAAGACGCAUGACGACAUUGUGGAUCGGUUUACUCAACUAAACGUGGGAAAUAUCAUUGGCAUUCCGAGUAAGCCUGCAGUUGACCAUGCAGGUCUGGCCAUGGAGGUUGAUCAAAUGAGAACAAGGGCCAGUGAUGUGGAUAAGAAUGUAGCCGGAGAUCGGAAGGCUCGCGAGGAAGAACGGAGUAAUCGAUACGACCACGAUAAUGAAGAAGGACAGCUAAGGGAGCCCCAAAUAAGCUUGAAAGGAAACCAUCAGGAGGACGGAACAUCAGGGCAGGUCACUCCGGCAGUUGACCUGCGUCAAAUUAUGUCGGAGCAAGAAACGCGCAGCAAAUGGGAGAAGGAACAAGUUGCAGCUGAAAAGAAUAAGCAGCUUGACAAAGAGCUCGAAGCACUCGACCGUCAGAAGGGCCGUGUGGCCACGUCAGCUUGGGCAAGCGGGAAUACGGAGCGACCGAAACUGAGCCUUAAGGAAAUCCAAGAGCUUGAGCAGCGACAACGGGAGAAAGAAGACCGCGAACGCCAACGUCGCGCCCAGGAGUUAUUGUUGCAGCAAGCGCAGCAGCUGCAGGAACAAGAAGCGCUCUCUGCCGGAGCGUCGUGGACAAAAGAUCAAGGGCAGGGUGGAGCUGUGUGGGGUUCUGGCCCGAGACCUCAACCGGUCAGACAGAAAUCCCUCGCCGAGAUUAUGCAGGAGGAAGAGGUGCGGAAACGAAAGGAAGCAGAAUUGCGCGGUGCUCAGACAGCGGAAACGCAGGUGCCAACUGGUGCUGGCAAGCGUUAUGCCGAUACUAUCGCAGCCGCUGGAGCAAGUGGUACGUCAGCAUGGGGCCUUGUUGCAGCCAGUGGCCGCCCGCCUGUGGCAGCACGUCCAGCAGCUGUGAUCGCGUCAGGAAACGUAGUUAAAUCCCCGGCACCUGUGCCAGCUGGCGGACGCCCGGACGAAAGCAUUGCUGGAGCUUGGAACGUUGUUGGUAAACAAGGUCAAGUAGUCCGUCCCCUCACCCAAACCCCAGUUCAACCCGUUCGCCCAGCCGCACCACCUUCCCGAGCGCCAGUCCAAAUGGCGCCCCGAGCCGCCGCGCCCUCUUCCAGUGUUCCUGCGACAAUCGCGGGAAGCGCCAACCAAAAUGACGGCAGCAAAGGCCCGUCAUCUGCAUUCAUGCAGUGGUGCCGCUCUGCAUUGCGACCAUUGGAGAGGAGCACGUCCGCUGGGGUAAAUGUUGACGAUUUUGUGAGCAUUUUGCUUUCUGUAGCCAUGAACGAUACCGCCACGUUGCAGAUGAUCUGCGAUGAUACCUUGGGGGGCCUCACAGCAAUUGACCCCCGCAAGUUCGCCGACGAGUUUAGCAAGAAGCGCAGAGCAGAUGCCAGCGGCUCUUCAAUUUCAUCCGAUGGAUGGACGGCGGUGGGGCCCAGUGCUCCUAGCACUGCUUCGCUCGAUGUGUUUGAUUCAGGCAACAAGUUUGUCGUCGUCGGAAAACAGAGCAAGAAAAAGAAGGGAAAGAAGCCUUGAUUUGAAUGAUCAAUGUGUUAUGGGGAUGUAUAGCAUUUAAUGUUACUCUUUGGUUUUAGCAGAAGGAUUAAAUAUAUUUGUAAACAUGUGGCCAAUCCCACUUUUUCCUUUCUCUACGCAUCCCCUGCUGUCAUUAC